CGGAGAUGUCGCCGUCUGUCGCGUCGCGUUUGUCCCAAGCUAUGCGGUAAAAGACUGGGCUGGAUACGCAUGAAUGGUGGCAAAGGAAAAGGCCGGCUGAGUCAACUGUUCAAUAGGAUGGUUGUUGGGGUACGGACUGGUCAACCUAUUCCUCACGGUGGUCCCGAAGCCUAUUUGACCAGUGUGCUUCUGGAAAAGGUCUCAGAGCUGAUAGAGAACAGAAAGCUGGUUCAGCCACAAGGAUUCGUCG